AUACAGAGACAAAUCAAACAUUUGGAGGACAUACAGAAGAUAUUCAGGGACGAAGCGGGACAUUUUUAGUUUGGAUGUGACGAGGACUGAGACAACGACAUGAAGUCCCCGAGGUGGAUCCGGCUCCCCAUCCUGUCAGUCCUGGUCCUGGUCCUGAUCCUGGUUCCGGCCCGCUCUGACAGGAACAUGGUGUCAGAGGAGUAUGUGGGCGCCACAGUGAACGCCACGGUGUUGGACGGACGAGGAAACACCGUCCACAUGAUGAGCAGCGACGAGGGGACGUAUGGACAGAACUCCCCGAAGGUGGACACCAACGGUGUCGUCAUCGCACCAGCACCGCAUCACGGAGUGGUGGACCGGCAGGGCUGCGACCCCAGCACUCGUUUCCUGGUUCCCCCCCGGAGCGUCCACUGGGUGGCGCUGCUGCAGAGAGGCAACUGCACCUUCAAAGAGAAGAUCCUGAAGGCGGCCGCCUACAACGCCACGGCCGUCCUCAUCUACAACAACUCCACUGACAAGACCGUCAAGAUGGGACACGAAGGUACUGGUGACACGGUGGCAGUGAUGAUCACUGAGGCGUACGGUAAGGAGAUCCUGGCUCACCUGGAGCAGAACCUGACGGUCCUGGUCUCUGUGGUGGUGGGUCAACGUGGUUCCACCAAAAACAUCAACCGAGGCUCGCUGGUCUUCAUCUCCAUCUCCUUCAUCGUCCUCAUGAUCAUCUCGUCAGCCUGGCUCAUCUUCUACUUCAUCCAGAAGAUCCGCUACACCAGCGCCCGCGACCGCAGCCAGGUGAGCAGGAACUCUGAUGAGGAGUGGAGUCACCUGAGCUCCAAAGAGGUCGACCCGUCCACAGGGGAGCUUCAGUCCCUGCAGGCUCCUGGGGCCCAGCAGGGACCAACAGGUCUGAGGGAGGCGGCCCUGUACCCCCACCUGCCUCCAGAGGCAGACCCUCGCCUGGUGGAGUCUCUGGCCCAAAUGCUGUCGAUGGGCUUCACUGAUGAGGGCGGCUGGCUGACCCGCCUCCUUCAGGCCAAGAACUUCGACAUCGGAGCCGCUCUUGAUGCCAUCCAGUACGCCAGGCAGCCCUGAUGACAUCAUCACUACCGACGCCGUCGUAUACUUGAAACAGUAUGAAACGGUGUCCUUUAUCUCUGAGUUCUUGCUCCGUCAGUGUUAAUCAAUAAUUUUACUAAUCGAUGACUGUUAAACACUUUUACUGCCUGAUUCUUAAUAUUUUUACUCACUGAUGACAAUACUUUUACACACUUGAACUUGUUCUAUGGCACGUAUCCAGGUUGUUUUGUCCUGAUUAGAUCCUUGCUUGUUGUAUCUGCUCUCUGAUGUACGGUACUCUGGAUAAAAGCAUCUGCUGCAUGAAACUGUAUAAUUGUACUAAUUGAUGCCUGCUAAGCAAUAAAUUAACUCAUUGAUGA